GUGGGCGCACCGUUCCCCUCCGUCAGGUCGCUGUGGACGGGCGGACGCAGACGCGCUGGAGAUCAUGUCCCAUUCAUCAGUGUGAGUUUUAGCGGAGCAGGACGGAGAGAUGCUGCUCUGGGCUUUGUUGAUGGGCGUCAGCGCGACGGCACUGGGACAACUGGGGGACUCUCCCUUGGACGAGGACGCUGAUUUCGACUUGAGAGACUUUAAUUUGGACGUUGCGCCGCGCAGGCUCCCACGACAGGUGAAAACUUUGCUGACCAAGGAGACCAAACCUCACAUCCAGGAGCUCUCCGUUAAGACCACCAUCAUCUCCCGGUAUGCCUUCACCGCCGUGUACUGCGCCAUGCUCAACCGGCACUCCGCCGCUGCGGACGGCGUCUUCCAGUUUCAGAUCCCCGCUGGCGCCUACGUCUCCAACUUCACCAUGAUUAUCGGAGGGCGUGUCUACCAGAGCGAGGUCAGGCCCAAGGAAAAGCGGGUCAAACAGGAGAAGGGCAAACCCAGGAACCAGGAGUCCGGGGACACAAGUCCUGAAGCGGAGGUGGAGCUGUUCAGGAUGCAGGUCAGUAUACCGGGGAGGAACCGGGCCGUCUUCCUGCUCACCUACGAGCAACUGCUCCUGCGCCGGCUGGGACGCUACGAGCACGUGACCAGCCUGCGGCCGCUGCAGCUUGUCAGCCGCCUCAGCCUGGACGUCACCGUCGUGGACCACUCCCCGAUCACGGACCUCGAGGUGCUGCCGCUCCGCAACGGCAGAAGCAACGGAGCAAAUGGGCCCAGUGCAGCGAAGGCGCCAGGCUCUCCGGUCAGGCCCGAGCCUCCCAUUACCACCGCGGUUAAACAGGAAAAGAACGUCUACAGGAUCACCUUCAGCCCCAACAUCAUCCAGCAGGCCAAGAUCACCACCAACGGCCUCCUGGGAGACUUCGUGAUCCGCUACGAUGUGCAGCGGGACAUGGGGAUCGGAGACAUCCAGGUUUUAAACGGACAUUUCGUCCACUACUUUGCUCCCAAAGACCUGCCAGUUGUACCCAAGAACGUGGUGUUUGUGAUCGACACCAGCGCCUCCAUGAUGGGGACCAAGAUCAGACAGACUAAAGACGCCCUGUUCACCAUCCUGAGAGACCUGCGCCCGGAGGAUCACUUCAACUUCAUCAGCUUCUCCAACAAGAUCAAAGUUUGGCAGCCGAACCGCCUCGUUCCCGUCACGCCUCUCACCGUCAGAGACGCCAAGAAGUUCAUACUGACGUUGGUUCCCAACGGAGGCACCAACAUCGACGGCGCCAUCGGAGCCGGCUCCUCUCUGCUCCGAGGCUACCUCUCGGGCCCCGACUCCAGCCCGAACAGCGUCUCCCUCAUCAUCUUCCUGACGGACGGCCGGCCCACCGUUGGGGAGACCCAGUCCGUGGCCAUCCUGGGGAACGCCCGCUCCGCCGUGCAGGAGAAGUUCUGCAUCUUCUCCAUCGGCAUCGGGAACGACGUGGACUACCGGCUGCUGGAGCGCAUGGCUCUGGAGAACUGUGGCAUGAUGAGGCGCAUUCACGAGGAGGCUGACGCCGGCGCAAUGCUCAAAGGAUUCUACGAUGAAAUAGGGACUCCUCUGCUGUCCGAUAUACGGAUCAACUACACCGAGAACUCAGUCCAGUACGUCACUCAACAUCUUUUCACCAACUACUUCAACGGCUCCGAGAUCGUCGUUGCCGGAAAGCUCGCCAACCGAAGCGCCGAGUCCCUUCACGUCCAGGUGACGGCGAGCAACAGCGACAAGAGCAUCGUGCUGGAGACAGACGUGCCCCUACGGCGCCGGCAGGUCGAGACCGAGGAACGGGUGAGGGAAGCCACAGCAGCCACGGCGGCUGGUGCCAAGGCUCCAGGGUCCGGAUCAGGAGGCUCACAGGGACUAGACAACGUUCUGGGCUCCAUAGAGGACUUUGUGGAACGGGUCUGGGGCUUCCUGAGCGUGAAGGAGGAGCUGCGGUCGCGGCUGAGCAGCCAAACCAGCAAAGAGAGGGAGGAGCACAUCCAUCAGGCCACCAACCUGUCCCUCACUUACAACUUCCUCACUCCCCUCACCAACCUGCUGGUGGAGAGGCCCGUGGCACUGGCUGACGGCUCCAUGGCUCCGGCACCAACCGUCACGCCACAACCCAGGGAGACAGGUUCACCUGAUAACGACCUGCCAGGUGACACCAGGGACCGAAGGCCCCAGAAACCUGACGAGAGGCCAAGCGGUCAGACUUCACCUCUGAGCAACAGGAUAGGUCAAGUUGAGAAAAGACCGGCCAAGAAAACCAUCACCAUCUCCAAGACUUCAGCGGACGGCGAUCCUCACUUUGUGGUGGACUUCCCCCUCAGUAAACUGACCGUGUGCUUUAACAUCAACGGUGACGCUGGGCACGUCCUUCGCCUGGUCUCCGACCACCGGUCCUCUGGCGUGACGGUCAACGGGAAGCUCAUCGGUGCCCCAGCUCCACCAGGCAGCCACAAGCAGCAGCGCACCUACUUCAGCACCAUCACCCUGGUGGUGGACCGUCCCAGGCGGGCCUACAUCGAGGUGACGCCAAAGAAGGUGAUCCUGGACGGGCGGGACCGCAUGGUGCUGCCCUGCCACUCCACCGCCGCGGUGGACAGCGGCGCCGUGUCGCUAGCCGUCGUGGGCAAAUCCAACGUGACCGUGACCGUUGGCGGGAACAUCAGCUUCGUGAUCCUGCUGCAUCAGUACAAGAACCCGGCCCCAUACCAGAGAGACCACCUGGGCUUCUACAUCGCCAACAGCCGGGGCUUGUCUCCCUCCUGCCAUGGCCUGCUAGGUCAGUUCCUGCACGAGGACGUGGGGCUGGCGGAACGUCCUGCACAGGGGGACGGGAAACCCUCUCGGGUCCUCAAGGUGAAGGGCCGCUCGGUGCCGGUGGUCCCGAAGAGCAGGCGGAUCUACAGCGGGACACAGAACGUGGACUGCUGGUUCGCCAAGAACAAUGCAGCCAAACUGAUAGAGGGACGGUACGAGGACUACGUGGUGCCACACAUGUUCGACACGGGCGACUGGCCACACGGCACCAACAGAGUGUAAGAAGUCAAAGCUGCAUCUGCCUUUGGAAUUAUCACAAAAAAUACAUACGGUAAAAGGUUUCACACCACAGCUUAAAUAUUUUUUUUACUAUUUCUAAUGGAAUUUUAAUGUUUUUAUUAUAUGAAGUAUUAUUUCUAAAAAUUAUUUUAUACUUGUAAAUAAAACAUUGGAACUCA